AUGCAGGAUAAGACUAGUUAUAUGGAUAUGAAUAAUAUAAUACAGAAUAAUAUUGAUAAAAUAAAGCAAGCCAGAAUAUCAAAAACAACCAUUUGGAGAAAAAAACAAAAAAAAGCUAAUACAUUAUCAUAUAGUAACCAAUUAGUUACUUUGCCAUAUCAACCUUCACCUGUUUAUACUAUAGCAUCAUUGUUCAAACCAUUAUUGACUAAUAUUAUAUCAUUAGUAUCACGGUCUUUAUCAAAAUCUCUUCCAAUAGCUAUACGAAACUCUCUAGAAACUAUGAAAAAAUUACAAAUAUAUUUGGGCCAAUCUAUUAAUAUUGAGACUCCACUUUCAGUAACAAAUAAUCAAUCAAUUCAUAUUUUAUUACCACUAUUACUACAAUUAUCUCCAAUUCAUGUUUUAUUACCACCAUUACUACAGUUACCUUCAAUUCAUAUAUAUAAUUCAUUAUCUAAUAAAGUUGCAAAAUUACAAAUGUGCUUAGAUGAAGUUACUCAACAAUGUUUAAUUACAAAAUCCUCAAACA